UGUUACUGUUAUUUUGUAAACUUUCCCUGGACUUUGUUUCGACAACGUCUCCUUUAUCUGUCGGACUUGUUGCGGCAAUGCUCGCAUUGCUGUUAGCCUGUUGGUUAUUUGACUUUGCCUGCCUACAACAUCAGACUUCAAAUAUCCAGCACAUCUGACUCUGUAGUCCACACAUUCAACACCACCAUAAUGGGUCAGGCACAUGGAGUGGACGGUGAAUCCCAGUCCACCACAUCGGAUCAAAAGCAAGAAGGGGUCAAUGGACACCAAACUGCAAUUGUUGCUCAAGGACAAGGAUCAACGGUUGUUGCACCCCAGAUCAUUAACAGUUAUAUUCAGGGAGGAGUUUCAGUGAAAGUUUCACCAAACACACAAUACACAGUUGAAGACUCAAGUACCUGCAGUGUUUCUGCCAAUCUUAAAUCUAACCUGAGGAAGAGGUUUGAAAUUAUAUUUGAGGGUAUUGCGAAGCGAGGAAACCCUACUCUUCUGAACAGAAUGUUCACAGAGGUUUUCAUCACAGAGAGAGAGAGGGUUCCUACUGUGCCAUACAUUAUUUUGCCUGAAGACAGAACCCUUAUGGAUAGUGGUGAUACUUUUUGUGAAUUCUGGAAAGAGCAGGAGCUGUUGCAGCUGGAUGCCUCAUUCAGUAAUCCCAAGUGGCAGGCCGAUACUAAAGGAAGACACUUUAGUAGGACAUGCCAUAAUCCAGUGUCAGGCUCUGACCAAAUCAAUGAGCAUGAGAUGUGGCAGCUGGGUACAGCAUCCAGGGAUCAAACAUGUGGAGAACCUGCCAUCAACUGCAAUGACAUCUUCAAGCCUCUGUAUGGCCAGGACGUGCACAUCAGAACUGUGCUAACAAAGGGGGUGGCUGGAAUUGGAAAAACGGUCUCUGUUCAGAAGUUCAUUUUAGAUUGGGCAGAGGAGAAGGCCAAUCAGGAUGUGGAUUUCAUUUUUGUCCUUCCUUUCCGUGAGCUGAAUCGUUAUCAAAACAGCAAGUUAAGUCUUCGUGAGCUGCUUGAGAUCUUCCACCCGGAGCUGAAAGCCAUGAAAGACAUGAAGAAGUAUUAUGAAGCCAAAAUGGUUUUCAUAUUUGAUGGUCUGGAUGAAAGUGGUCUGCCUUUAAACAUUCACAAGAACAAGUUUGUUGCAGACAUUGCAAAGAGAGCAUCACUAGAUGAAUUACUGACCAAUCUCUUCAAAGGCAAUCUCCUUCCAUCUGCCCACAUUUGGAUAACAUCACGCCCGGCUGCAGUUGACCGGAUCAGUUCGUACUGUCUUCAUCGAGUGACGGAAAUACGUGGCUUUAAUGAUCAACAGAAAGAGGAAUACUUCAGAAAAAGGGUUUCUGAUGAGAGACAAGCUGACACAAUCAUCUCACACCUCAGAGCUUCAAAGAGCCUUCACACCAUGUGCCAUGUUCCAGUGUUCUGUUGGAUUGCCUCCACGGUUCUGGGAGGGAUGCAAAGCGAUACGAUUGGAGGAAACGUUUCAUACACAAUGACAGGAAUGUACACACGUUUCCUGCUCAUCCAAACAAAUGUGAAGAACCAGAAGUACAAUGAGAAAGAUGAGCAGGAUCCAAGGGAAUUGUCUUCAUCCGAUGUCCAAAUUUUGCUCCAAUUGGGCAAACUGGCCUUUGAAAAUCUUGAGAGAGGCAAGCUCAUAUUUUCUAUAAGUGACCUGAAAAAAUAUGGCUUGAAAACUGUUGAAACAUCAGUCCACUCAGGACUUUUCACAGAGAUUCUGAAGAAGGAGGAUCCCAUGUUUGAAGGGCAAUGGUACAGCUUUAUACACUUGAGCAUUCAGGAGUUUCUUGCUGCUCUCUACGUGUUCCUUUCAUUUGUCCAAGAGAGAAUGGACAUGCUCCAGUUAAAUGCACAAAAAGGUAUAACUUCUCAAAACUCUUUUACACGUUUUGACAAGAACUGGCUGCAAGACUCUGUACAACCUCGUAAUGAAUCUGGAAAAUCAUUACUUACUCGUGAGCAGUACCUAUCCUAUGUACUAGAUGACUCUGACUGUGACUCGGAGGAUGAGCCGUUGAAGAAGUCAGACAUCCAGGAUCAAACGCAACAACAGCCCGCACCCCAAGACUUCUUCACACUACAUGAGUGGCACAGGGUUGCUGUGGACAAGUCCCUGAAGAGCAAGAAUGGGCAUUUGGACCUCUUUUUACAGUUCCUCCUUGGACUUUCGCUGGAAGCUAAUUACAGCCUCCUCAGAAGCCUAUGCUUACCCCCUGGGAUUUUUCGGGAGGAUAUCUGUAAAACCACAGAAUACAUCAAAAACAAGCUCAACGUGGAAGACCAGAGGAAAUGCCCUACUCCUGAAAGAUGCAUUAACCUGGUCCGCUGCCUCUCUGAGUUGGGUGAGUUGGGUGGCACAGUUACAGGGGAGAUCCAGUCCUACCUCACGUCCAAGAAUGUUCCAGGAAAGAAGCUGACUGCAGCCCAGUGUUCUGCCUUGGCCUACAUGAUGUUGACGUCCAAAAACGUUUUGGAUGAGUUUGACUUGAAGAGGUACAGGACCUCUGCAGGAGGUCGCCGAAGACUAGUUCCACUGGUUAGGUGCUGCACAAGAGCAUUACUUAACAGCUGCCAACUUACACGGAAAUGCUUCGAGACAAUAUCCUCAGCUCUUCAAAUGGCUGACUCCCCCCUCAGAGAGCUGGACUUAAGUCACAACUUCCUGGUUACAGAGACAAUGGAGAUACUGUGUGAGGGUCUAGCCAGUCCCCACUGCAACCUGGACUCUCUGAACCUCAACUGCAUCAACCUGGAGCUGUUCGGGGGGUGGCCGCUAUAUUAUGUACUGCACGGACCUCAUCAUCAGCCCAACUGUCUGAGACUAAGCGGAUGCUAUCUGGGAGACGACUGCAGUGAGGUCCUGCUCACAGCUCUUCAGUCAGAGGACUCCAGGCUCACCUUACUGGAUCUCUCCUAUAACAGUCUGACCGAUGCUGGACUCACACAGAUCCUGACUGAACUCAGAAGUCCAAACUGUAAACUUCACACUUUGAGGUUGGGCGGCUGUGCGAUCACUAAGGUAUCCUGUGAGGUCCUGGGUUCUGUUCUACAGUUCUCCUCUCUCAGAGAACUGGACCUGAGUGGCAGCAGUGUGGGAGAUGAGGGGGUGAAACAGAUCUUUUCUAGAACAUUGACUUGGUUGGAAACACUGAGUGCGAUGCUUCAUUCACUAAUGUUGGUGAGAUGGAUCUUCUCCAGAUCAUCGACUCUGCUGGAAACACUGAGAACAUCGACUCUGCUGGAAACACUGAGACUGAGGGAAUGUGGUCUAUCAGACGGUGCUUGUGAUGUGCUGGGAAAGACUCUGAGUUCCUCUGGGCUGAAGGAGCUAGAGCUGCGAGACAACGACCUCAGAGAUUCAGGAGUGAAGCUGCUGUGUGUUGGCCUGGCAAAGCCAACCUGCAUCCUGCAGUCCUUAGGGCUCUCUGGCUGUCUGAUCACAGAGGAAGGCUGCACUUAUCUGGCUGCUGCCCUCAAAACAAACCCAUCUCACCUGCAAGUGCUGGACCUCAGCUACAAUCACCCAGGGGAGUCUGGGGUGGCGAUGCUGUCAGAAGCACUGGAGGAUCCCAACUACAAGCUGGCAACGCUGAAUUUAGAACAUGGUGGACUGCAAAGGAUUAAGCCUAUGCUGAAGAAAUAUGCAUAUGAUGUCACCCUGGACCCAAAUACAAUGAGUCAGGCAACGUCUCCAUCAAUGUUUUCCCUGAGCGAGGACCAUAAGGAGGCAUAUUUUCAUUACCCAAAAAAUUGUUUACGACUCCAAUCAUGUCGUCUAACCUGGCUUGGGGUGAGCUGCUGUAAAGGCCUAACAGGAGGGCGCUUCUACUGGGAGGUGGAGUGGACAGAGAAGGUUGUGAUCGGUGUGAAGUACAAGGGGAAAGACUCCAGGUACCACAAAGAGUCCUGGAGCCUCUACUGCAACUCCCGUAGCGCUCACUACGAGGCGAGCCACAACAACAGCUUCUUCAGGAUCGACAUGGCCGACAUAGAGUCCAGACGUGUGGGGGUGUAUCUCGACUGGCCGGCCGGCACGCUGUCCUUCUACACAAUGGCUUUUGAUAGGCUCACACAUCUUCAUACUUUCCACAGUGCCUUCACUAAACCUCUGUACCCUGAGUUUUAUCUGGAUGACCAAGAUAGUUACCUUACAAUUGUCAGAAUUGUCAGCCUGUGAUGUACUGAGUGUUUUUCUGUGCUCUUGAUUUUAGAUUUUGUCUUUUGUGAUUUCAUGAUUUAGGUCCCUUAGGGUUUGGUUUUAUGGGUGGUAUUUGUUCAUGACAUAUCUUCCUAAAGAGUUUGUUUUUAAUUCCCUAUGACUUUCCCCAAACCAUGUCUUAUGAGGAUAACAAAGGGAAACAUUCUUAAAGGCUAGGAGGAGGCAGAAUCCUUGUUUCUGGGAUCCAUUAUUUUUACACUUAUAGGUUGUAAAUGCAAAACAUACUGAAUUGUCUCUUGUGAACAGAGUGCUCUCAUUCACUUACUUAACAGUAAAUUAGACACUACAUUUGUUUAGUUCUAAAAUGUAACUAUAUCUGAAAGCUGUUUUAUAAGACUAGUGAUCUUGGAUACCAAGAUGAAAGUAAUUCAAACAGCAUGUUGACUGGGAACAUAUGGCUUACAUUAUCUUUGGUAGUUUUUUUUAAUCAAGUGAGAUUUACUUUAACUGUAUCUACAUUUUAAAAGGAUUGUAAAUUGUGCAAGCAAAAACCAUAAAUUAA